UGCCCUUUCACGUGCACGCGCGUCAUGACGUCAUCACCGGUGAGUUUCCGCGUGCACAGCGUUCCUGGAUACAGAGUGGGAAACGGACACAACACCGGCUUACUGUGUACAAAUAAAACCCAAUAAGACGUAGUGUCUGGUUAAACCGGACUGUCCUGCACACAUGGCCUCUGUGGAGCGUAAGCAGGAAAAGCAAGGACCCUUCUAUCUGGGUUAUGACACCAAAAGACCGACGAGUGCGGAGAUAGUGACGGAAGCCCGGCGUUCCCUCAGGACUCUUCAGACACGGCGGCCCUUCACCCCACGAGAGGAGCACCGGCAGCUUUUCACAGGAUCCCACGAUGGAAGACCGCCGUCCACAUUCAGUCUUCAUGCUAGAAAUUUCGAAGUUCCGGAUUCCAGGCCGAAUUCAGGGACUCGCCUGUCGCCUUUGGGACACAAGCCCGGGUUGCCACGUCCUCCUCCGGAUGAGCGUACGGACCGCAGAGGUUCAGGAGGAGCUCGGAAAAGGCUCGUCAGGGCACGAUCGCUCACGCUGGAACUCUGUACGAGCCAACACUCAACCGCUCCUCAAUCCGUCGGUGUUCACGAGCCAACCGUGAGUAUGAAGUCGUCCCAUCAUGUGUACACCAAGUCCUCACAUCCCGGUCACAACCAAGAAAGAACAGAGAAACCCUUAAAAAUAACCACGCAGAUACCAACCGAACACAGAACUUUACGGUCCAGCAAUGCUGACUUUUCCCGAGCCAAAGGAAAACCACCAGACACAUGGCAUGGACGCGGAGACGCCGCAGGAGACGAUGGCAUCGACGACGAAUCGCUCUUCUGGACCAACGACGUGCUUCCCGUGGUGCAGACGUUCGAGUCGGUUGCUCCAGGAGGAACCGUUGCUCCCGAGACCAUCGAGCGCCUUCUUGAGGCCUGUAGAGACCUCUAUAAUGUCCUGCUGGAGAAAGGCAUGCUGGGAAAGCGUUUGAAGAGAAGGUCCUACAUUCUCCGAGCGCUGUUUCGGCUUAUCGAUUUGGGAUCAGACCCGCUCAACCUCGCCCUAGCUCAACUCAUACUCGCGCUCGAGGUCAGCGGGAACAACCUGCUGAACAUCUGCAAGCUCGUCUUCAAAAUAAGCCGGAGUUCCAGAAACGACUUCCUGUUCCAGGAUGACCCGGUUAUCGAUUCCCUUGUGUCCCUAAUAGAUGAUUGUAAUAGCGGUGGAGAAGCUGUGCUGUACUGCAUGGGCUCCUUGAAGCUCCUCUCAGGAAACAGCUCCCUCGCCAGGUUGCUCCUGGAUAAAGACUUCAUCGCCGUCUCGCUACGGCUCUCUGAGCGUCUCGUUCAGUUCUCAGACCCUACAACUUGCCCUACUGAUCAUCACACACACACUGUAGCAGGGCAUAUACUGGUGCAGGUUACGUCGGCUUUGCGAAACAUGGCCGACUUCCCGGAGUCCCGUCCCUCCUUUCUGUCCAACGACGUCUUUUCUAGAUUGUGCGCAGUCAUGGAUCGUCACCAAGAAGACCAGGACGUCUGCCUGAAUGUAUCCAGGAUAUUCAGCAAACUGUCCUCCUAUGCUGAGUGCUGCUCCGUUCUAGCCGAGACACCGAGCUGCUACAGGCUAUUUUUAUCCCUGUUGUGCAAACACAGCAGGAAACAGGCACUCACGGUACGUCUGCUGUUCACGUUAGGAAACCUGGCAGCGAGGAGCAACCACGCCAGAGAGAGAGUGUAUGAGGAGGAAAACACCACAGGGGUUCUCCUAGAGCUUUUCCAGAGCUACCUGCAAGUCCCUGAGAACCACCCACACGAGGAAGAGGAGGAGGAAGAGGACGUCCUGAUCAAGCUGAUCCGAGUGUUGGCUAACAUGUCCAUUCACCCCGGUGUAGGCUCGUCACUGGCAGCUAAUACACAGUGUGUGGAGCUUCUAAUGAAAGUGAUUGAGCUGCGGUCUGUGGACGAGAGUCCCGAGACGGUAGUGAACGCUUUAACCGCCAUCAACAACCUGUCCUACGUCCAAGGAGAAUGCUCGGUCGUCCGUCUCCGGCACGCACACGUCUCCAGGUUGUUGCUGAGGCUGUUAUUAAGCCCGCGCAUGGAUGCAGUGUUGGAGGCUACACGUGUGUUCGGUAACCUCUCUCAGAUAGAAGAAGUACAGAGUUUUAUCAUCGGGAAUAAAGUGCACCAGUUCGUCGUGGCUCUGCUGGACUCCAAGAAUCCUGACAUGUGCUUCUCGGCAUGCGGAGUUCUCACCAACCUCGCUGUAGAUCCCAAGAACAGAGUCAUAAUUAACCAGGAAGGAGCCAUACAUAAGUUGAUUGAUUGCCUGCGGGAUUUCGGCCCUCAGGACUGGCUCUUGGCUACACAGGUUUGUCAGACGCUGUGGAACUGCACUGAAGACACCGAGCAGGAACAUGCACAAGAGCUGCUGGAGAUCCUGAGCCUCUAUUCAGACCAGAAGGCUUUGAAGUGGCCUUCAAGCGCCGAUAUAAAGGCUUACCAGGAAGCGUGCUGGGAGCUGAAGUUCUUGCCUGUAGCCGAGAGGCUGCUGAAACGAACAAGGAGACUCGCAACCGUUCCCGGAUGCCAUCAGUGAAAUAAGAGAGAACAUUUAAUGAUAAUAAAAAUCCAGGGUAUAGACUAA